AUGAUGUGCGAGGUCAUGCCCACCAUCUCCGAGGACGGGAGGGGAGGGAGCGGCGGGGGGCCCUCCUCUCCAGCGGGGGGCGGAGUUGGGGGCGGCAGCGGAGGCGGGAUGGGGGCCAUGGGAGGCGGGUACGGGGGACAGAGGGGCGACGAGGGGGGCAGCACUGGGAACCUGGAGUCGCUGAUGGUCAACAUGCUGACGGAGAGGGAGAGGCUGCUGGAGAGCCUGAGGGAGACUCAGGACAGCCUCGGCACGGCGCAGCUACGCCUGAGGGAGCUAGGACACGAGAAGGACUCGCUGCAGAGACAGCUCUCCAUCGCCCUGCCACAGGAGUUUGCAGUGCUGACCAAAGAGCUGAAUGUGUGCAGGGAGCAGCUCCUGGAGAGGGAAGAGGAGAUCGCUGAGCUGAAGGCAGAGAGGAACAACACACGGUUGCUGCUGGAGCACCUGGAGUGCCUGGUGUCCCGCCAUGAGCGCAGCCUGAGGAUGACGGUGGUGAAGAGGCAGGCUCAGUCCCCCGCUGGGGUCUCCAGCGAGGUGGAGGUGCUCAAGGCCCUCAAGUCACUCUUUGAGCACCACAAGGCUCUGGACGAGAAGGUUCGAGAGAGACUACGCGUGGCCCUCGAAAGGGUCUCUGUUUUAGAGGAGGAGCUGGAAUCUUCCUCACAGGAGGUGCUUUCUUUAAGAGACCAGAUUAAAAGGCGACAGCAAGGGUUAGAUAAUGGGAAAGAGCGCCUGCCAAAUGGUCCUUCAUCUGUGUUGGAUGAUGGAGAGAUUGACCGGCAGAGAGAGGGAGAGAUUGAGCGCCAGAGAGCAGAACUCUCCCAACUGAGAGAAAGACUGGCUCUCAUGUGCCGACAGGUAGGAGAAAUCGAGGAACAGCUAGCUGCUGCCAGGAGGGAGGUGACAAAGUCUGAGGAGGCCAAUCAGAAACUCCAGAGAGAUGUUAAAGAGGCUCUUUGUCAGAGAGAAGAUAUGGAGGAGAGAAUUACUACAUUAGAGCGCAGGUACCUCAGUGCCCAGAGGGAGGCAACCUCACUCCAUGACAUAAAAGACAAACUAGAGAAUGAACUGGCAAGCAAGGAGUCUCUCUACAGACAGAGUGAGGAGAAGAACAGGCAGCUACAGGAACGGCUGGACGACGCCAAACAGAAGCUGCAGCAGACACUGCAGAGGGCAGAGACCCUACCAGAGAUCGAGGCCCAGCUUGCACAGAGAGUGGCUGCUCUAAACAAGGCGGAAGAACGUCAUGGCAACUUUGAAGAGCGGUUGCGACAGAUGGAGGCACAACUGGAGGAGAAGAAUCAGGAGUUACAGAGGGCGAGACAGAGAGAGAGAAUGAAUGACGAGCACAACAAACGCCUCUCUGACACGGUGGACAAGCUGCUCUCAGAGUCCAAUGAGAGACUCCAGCUUCACCUGAAAGAGCGAAUGGCAGCCUUGGAAGAGAAGAACGCUCUUUCAGAGGAGCUAGCAAAUAUGAAGAAGAUACAAGAUGAUCUACUCGCAAACAAGGACCAGCUGAUAGCUGAGCUGGAGAGGAUUCAGCUGGAGCUGGAUCAGCUGAGAGGGCGGCCUGGCUCCUCGUACUCCAGGUUAGCCACAUUGGCGAUUGAAGGGUCCCUUCCAGGAAGUGCUUUAGAGCUGAGAUACUCCCAAGGGGGCGGGUCCCUCCCGGCUGGCUCCACCACACACCUGGAUCACUAUGGCAACGCAGCCUCUGGGGCCGUGGUGAGGCGGACCCACCGUGGGCGAUGGGGUGCAGCUAGAGAAGACGCCAGCAAGUAUGGAGAAUGGGACAACAGCAACCUGCUGGGCGGCGGGUUCGAGGGCGGUGUGGAGGGCGGAUGCUCGGAUGACGAGGAGGACAGGGAGACGCUGUUCGGCUCGGAGCUGCUGUCGCCCAGCGGACAGACGGACGUGCAGACCCUGGCCAUCAUGCUGCAGGAGCAGCUGGAGGCCAUCAACAAAGAGAUCAAACUGAUUCAGGAGGAGAAGGAAAGCACAGAGCUGAGGGCGGAGGAGAUCGAGAGCCGGGUCAGCAGUGUUGCGCUGGAUGGCCCCCCACUUCCCCCAUCCUCACUAGGCGGAGGAAGGGACGGGACUGGUCGGGGCUUCAUCCCCCCCUCUCUCACCUCCUCCACCCUGGCCUCCCCUUCGCCUCCUAGUUCCGGACAUUCCACACCUCGCCUGCCUCACUCCCCCGCCCGGGAGACCGACCGACCGAACAAUAAGGAGGAUGACAGGUCCCUGGCCCUGCUGGACUCUACUCCUCCUCCCACUCCUCGUGCACUACGGUUGGACAGAAUGACCCACACUCACCCAGGGGCUGGGCUCGAUGACCAUCGUGAAUUCCGCAGUCUCUCAGCAGAUGGCAGCAGUUCCAACAGCAGUCAGGACUCCCUUCACAAAUCCAGUAAGAAGAAAAGCAUCAAGUCUUCCAUCGGCCGCCUCUUUGGAAAGAAGGAGAAAGGGAGGAUGGGUCAACCCGGAAGAGAGUCUGCAUCACUGGCCUCUACACCCUCUGAAGACCUGGGCUCGGCAGACCCUCUGGGCCUGACCAAGCUGGCUGGAUCUGUGGACAAGGAUCGCCGGAGCAAGAAGAAACACGAGCUGCUGGAGGAGGCCUGUCGUCAGGGCCUACCCUUCGCCUCCUGGGACGGGCCCACUGUCGUCUCUUGGCUGGAGCUGUGGGUGGGGAUGCCAGCCUGGUACGUUGCGGCGUGUCGAGCCAACGUAAAGAGCGGGGCCAUCAUGGCUAACCUGUCGGACACAGAGAUCCAGAGGGAGAUCGGCAUCAGCAACCCGCUGCACCGGCUCAAGCUGCGGCUGGCCAUCCAGGAGAUGGUGUCCCUCACCAGCCCCUCCGCCCCGGCCAGCACACGCUCUUCCACCAGUAACGUGUGGAUGACACAUGCUGAGAUGGAGUCACUGACUGCCGCCACCAAACCUGAACUGAAAGAGAUUAGCUGGGAUCAGAUCCUGGCCUAUGGGGACAUGAACCAUGAGUGGGUCGGAAACGAGUGGCUGCCCAGCCUGGGCUUGCCCCAGUAUCGCAGCUACUUCAUGGAGUCCCUGGUGGAUGCCCGCAUGCUGGACCACUUGACCAAGAAGGAGCUGAGGGGGCAGCUUAAAAUGGUGGACAGCUUCCAUAGAGUCAGUCUGCAUUAUGGCAUCAUGUGUCUGAAGAGAUUAAACUAUGACAGGAAGGAGCUGGAGAGGAGGAGAGAUGACAGUCAACAUCAGAACAAAGAUGUGAUGGUGUGGUCGAAUGAGCGUGUGAUGUGCUGGGUCCAGACUGUGGGGCUGAAGGAGUUCGCAGAUAACCUGACAGAAAGUGGGGUUCACGGGGCGCUGCUGGCUCUUGACGACACUUUCGACUACACUGACCUGGCCCUGCUUCUGCAGAUCCCCAACCAGAACACACAGGCCAGACAGCUUCUGGAGAAGGAGUAUAAUGCUCUCAUCUCCAUGGGAACAGAGAGAAGGCCUGAUGAGGAUGGCACAAAGACCUUCACUCGCUCACCCUCAUGGAGGAAGAUGUUCAGAGAGAAGGACCUGAGGGGAGUCACCUCGGACUCCGAAACAUUGCCCCCAAAUUUCCGUGCCUCAGCCAUCUCCACACCCUCUGUGACCUUGAGGAAAGUUCAGACUGAAGUUAACUCCGGGUCCAGAGGAGAGUCCGGGUCAGUGAGGACAUACUCCUGCUGAAACACACUGGGGAUCCACUGGAUUUGUGUUUCCUUCAUUUGGAAAUCAACAGGGAAGCAAUGAAAAUAAGAACAAAAACUAUAUAGAUAAAUAUAAAUAGAUAUAAAUAUAUAUUUGUCUUACAAUUCUGCAAUAACAGAGAGAAUGAGAGAAACCACUUGCAGAGAAGAAAAUACUGAUGUUUGAAGAAAUGAGGAUGAGAAACAACAAAUAUAUGAAUAGUUGGAAGAGAUAAAAAAAAUCUGUCUGUCUCUCUUUCUCUCUGUCUGUCCACAAUUGUGCUGUGAAGCCGUAAGAUGGUUUUGAAACUGACUGCAGUCAUCCAUGGUAGCCCCAUCUCUGCAGAGUGUGUCACAGUUUUAGUAUGUAAAACUGCCCACUUGACCGCCAUUUUGGCUCUUAUUUUCUAUUCAUCUGAAGAGACAAAGCCUCUCUGGGGUGACCAUGGGUUCACUUUGAUCCCUCAGUCAUGUGCAGUGGGAUAUGAAUAAUAUGAAUAUGUUAUUGGUGUCUUCAUGUUCAAUUAGAGCUAUUUAUCCAGGCAACCAUGGUGGUGAAGUUAAUGUGAAUCCAUGGAAACCGGCAGUGUCUAUAAACUGCAACAGAGUGGAUACUGCCAUGACACAGGCAGCGUUUGUAUGCAAGUGGGCUGUAGUGUACUUCUACUCGGUUAGGUCAGUUCAUUCUAUCCUUUGACAACUGUAUUGAGGUCUCAUUCAGUUUGCCUGGCUGAACUCAAGUUUGUGGUGGAAGGUUGACCUAUGAUUUCUGUUUGUAUAACAGACUAAACCUCUAUUCGAUCCCAUUCGAUCUGGUCUGUCUGGGACAGAAAUAGACAGCAGUAGAGAUGAUACACCUCCACGAACCGGCAGUGGAAGAUCUGAAAGAGGAUAGAAGAACAGACAAGCAAAAAGAAAGUGUAUAGGCAGUGAUGAAGAGGGAUUCAUUUUAUGCACGUAAGCCAUAACAGAAGCAAAGAAUGAGUGACAGGGAAUGAGUGGGGGAGGACUAUAUAUAAACUCAGUGACCACUUUAUUAAGUACAGCUUGUUAAUGCAAAUAUCUAAUCUGUCAAUCAUGUGGCUGCAACUCAAUGCAUAAAAGCAUGCUGAUAUGGUCAAGAGGUCCCGUUUUUGUUCAGAUUAAACAGAAUGUGGAAGAAAUGUAAUCUAAGUCACUUUGACCAUGGAAUGAUUGUUGCUGCAUGAUAGGGUGGUUUGACUACCUGGGAAACUGCUGAUCUCCUAGGACUUCCAUGCAUACAGUCUCUGGAGCUUACAGAGAAUGGUGCAAAAAACAAAAAACAUCCAGCGAGCGGAAAUUAUGUUGGCAAAAACAACUUGUUAAUGAGUGAGGUCAGAGGAGAAUGGGUAGACUGCUUCAAGCCGGCAGGAAGGUGGCAGUAACUCAAAAAACAUGUUACAACACUGGUAUGCAGAAGAGUAUAUCUCAACACACAACACGUUGAAUCUUGAAGUGGAUGGGCUACUGCAGCUGAAUAAAUAACCAAUAAUGUGGUCACUGAGUGUAUACAUGUAUAUGUAUGGAGAGAGAGAAGGGGGAGGGGAGAGAGAGAGAGAGAGAGAGAGAGAGAGAGAGAGAGAGAGAGAGAGAGAGAGAGAGAGAGAGAGAGAGAGCACAGAAUAAUAUGCAGCUAGGGGGCACUGGUGAACAAAAUAAGUUUAUCUUCUGUGUUCAAAUGCAUGACAAACCAACAGUGACAAUGAACUCAACUUUAGAGAAAGACAAUUAUAAUGAAUUUAAAAGAUAUACAUUAUUAAAUGAGGUGGGAGUUUGUCGGAACAGUUUGUAAAAUGUGUGUAUUUUAUUUUUUAUUUUUAUGAUAACUACUUAUUUCUGUAUGUAUGUUUGUAUGUAUGUACGUAUGUAUGUAUUGAAUAGCUGUAUGUACUUGUUCAUUUAUUACUUGAUUCUGACUGACUGUAAUUCACCUUAAUUUAUUUAGUUUGAAAAGUAAAUACAUUUUAAAAAUGGACAGUAAAAUAUGCUACUUGUACGUGUAAAUUUUGAGAACAAAUUGUGUUAUGAUUUAAAGGAAAAAUAUUAAUAAAGAAAACAGUCAUAUCAAUGGAAAAUUACAAGACAAACAUGCAAUUACAGUAAUGAUGAUGAUAAAACCAAAAUUGGUGAAAAUAAAAAAAUAUACAAUACCACUUAAACAGAA